AUGUCCGAGCCAACCCUUCCUCCCUCCACUUCCCAGCACACCCUCUCCCUCGAUGCUCUACCUGUCCAAUCCCCUCCACCACCCGAGAUCGAAUCGACUUUAUCUAGACUAUCCGCCUACCGAAAUGUAAGGGGAGUUAUGAUUCUCUCGAGAUCGUCAUCAGCCUCUAUACAGCCUGACGGCAGUUCUAGUGAGAAUGGCGGUGGUGCUCUUGCAGGUGUUGGAGGUAUCAUACAGACUACCGGGAAUGUCUUCGAAGGUGAAUCAGGAAAGAAGUACGCAAAAGCUGUAGAAGAGAUAGUACUGAGGGUAGGGAAGGCUUUGAAUGAUUGUGAGCAAGGUGACGAACUGAAAUUUAUGAGGAUACGGACAAAGAAACAUGAAUUGAUCAUUACACCAGAUGAGAAAUACCUUUUGGUCGUAUUGCAAGAUCCCGGGCAAUCAUAA